AUGUCAGAGAAAAGCGUGGAUAAUCGCAAAACGGUGUCUCAUGCUUGUUCGAAUGUCGAACUACGCGAAUUACUGACAAAUUUCUGGGAGUUAGAAUCAUGCAAAAGCACAAGCAUCUUUUCUGUUGAGGAAACCAUGUGCGAGGAGAUUUACGAUUGCACAACCGUUCGUGAUAUUGAUGGAAAAUACAUCGUUACUCUUCCCAAGAAAGAGCACAUAAUCAGGCAGUUGAGAGAUUCACAUGAUAUCGCAUUGAGGAGGUUCCAUGGUCUCGAAAAGCGUUUCGCAGCAGACAAUAAUUUGAAGACUCAAUAUACCGAAUUCAUCGAAGAAUACUUGGCAAUGGGACAUAUGAUAGAAGCGCCUGAAGAAGAUUCCAGUCAGCCUUUGUACCAUUUACCGCAUCAUGCUAUCAUAAAACCCGACAGCACCACGACCAAGCUACGGGUCGUAUUCGACGCUUCCUGUCGCACUUCAACAGGAGUCUCGCUAAACGACGGACUCAUGGUUGGACCAGUUGUGCAGGAGGAUUUACUCUCCAUCGUAUUACGAUUUCGAUUCCGAAGGUUCGCUAUCAUAGCCGAUAUUGCGAAAAUGUAUCGCAUGGUGAAGUUGAAUUCAGCAGAUCAGCCACUCCAGCGCAUUCUCUGCCAAUCUGCCAACGAACCGGUAACCACCUUCCAGCUGACGACAGUCACAUAUGGCACAGCCUCCGCACCAUACCUGGCGACGAAGUGCAUUCAACGGUUGGCGAAUGAUGCAAAACACACACAUCCUGUAGCAGCAGAGGUGGCUCGGAAGGAUUUUUAUGUAGAUGACCUUCUGAGUGGUACAGACAGCAUCAAAACUGGAAAGCAACUUGUCUGCCAACUCAUCGAUAUGUUCAACUCUGCCGGAUUCAGUUUGAGAAAGUGGAGCUCUAACAAUUUGGAGCUUAUCGAUGAUGUUCCUUCAGAACUUCGCGAUAAUCGCUCAACCUUUGAGAUUGAUUCAUCGUCUACUGUGAAAACCCUAGGGCUUAUUUGGGAACCAUCCGUCGAUAAAUUCAAUUACGCCAUACCUCGUUGGAGCUCUGAACCUACAAUCACCAAGAGAGUUGUUUUGGGAGACAUAGCUCGCAUUUUUGACCCACUUGGUCUCAUCGGUCCUGUAGUGGUACAGGCGAAAAUAUUUUUACAAGAGCUGUGGAAACUAAAGGGUGAUUGGGAUGAGCCAUUAUCCGUCAGUCAUCAGGAGUUCUGGUUAACGUACCGCAGAAAUUUAACUGCCCUCGAGUCACUCAAGGUUCCUCGAUGGAUUGGAUUUACCAAUGAUGCGAGCCACGUGGAAGUCCACGGCUUCUGUGACGCAUCAGAAGCAGCGUAUGGUGCGUGUCUAUAUUUACGCUGCACCUCACUUGAUGGAUCAGUUAGCGUUCGUCUCAUCACGGCCAAAUCAAAAGUUGCGCCAAUAGAAGAUAUCAAUCGAAAAAAGAAAAAACAAACCAUCCCACGUUUAGAACUAUCAUCCGCUUUAUUGCUGAGCCAUUUAUACGAGAAGGUUCGCAAAAGUAUACAAAUCCCGUCCCAUGCAUAUUUUUGGACCGAUUCGAUGAUAGUGAAGUGCUGGUUAUCAUCGCUUCCGUCUCGUUGGCAAAUCUUCGUAGCCAAUCGAGUUUCGGAGAUACAGCAUAUCACGAAGGACGGAUGCUGGAAUCAUGUAGCUGGCGAAAAUAAUCCCGCCGACAUCAUCUCACGCGGAAUGAUUCCCGCUCAAUUACAAUACCAAUCUGUUUGGUUUGAAGGUCCACUUUGGCUGCGCUUCGAUCGAUCCUUGUGGCCGAUAUCUACUGACACCAUGUCAGAAGGAGAUGAAGCUCUCUUGAAGGAAAGGUCUACCACGACUCUCGCUACUCACAAUCAAUCUACGAACGAGUUGAUUCUUCUACGAUCCUCAUUUCCUGAACUAGUCAGAUUAAUAGCAUUGAUUCGCCGAUUCAUCCUGAACGCAAAAACGAAGGAACGUAACAGUAGAUAUAUCGGUUUGCUGACGCAUACAAAGCAUGAAGAUGCCUUGCAAGUUUUAAUCCGCUUAGCUCAACGGGAGAGUUUCCCGACUGAAUUGAGAGAUCUCUCCCACGCUCGGUCGAUUAAUCAAUCAUCGAAAAUCACAUCUUUGAAUCCCAUUCUGGUCGACGGUAUAAUACGCGUAGGCGGGCGGCUGGCAAACGCACCAGUGACCGAAAACAGGAAACACCCCAUGAUUUUACAUCACCAGCAUCCAUUGACUAAACUAAUUAUGGAACAUUACCAUCGUAAGCAUUUCCACGCUGGCCAGCAAUUCUUGAUCGCCUCGGUUCGGGAGCGUUAUUGGCCGACGAAUGUUCGCAGUCUCGCUCGCAAAGUCGUUUUCGAGUGCACAUCAUGUUUCCGUAACAAACCUACGGUUCACCAGCAACUGAUGGCAGAUCUCCCAGCAGAUCGUGUAAGCCCCGCAGCAGCAUUUAUCAAGACAGGGGUAGAUUUUUGUGGUCCCUUCUUUAUACGCUAUCCUGGUCGUCGUAGCACAUCAAUAAAAUGCUACGUGUCAAUCUUCGUCUGCCUGACGACGAAAGCAGUGCACAUGGAGGUGGUUGCUGACCUCACAACCCAGGCAUUCCUCGGAGCCCUUAAGCGGUUCGUUUCUAUACGUGGAAAACCGUCAGUCAUCACCUGCGACAACGCCACCAAUUUUGUUGGAGCCAAUCGAGAGCUGGAACUACUUCGACUGCAGUUGUGCAGUCAACAAUUUCAACAUACUGUUACUCGCGACUGUGAAACUGAAGGGAUCCAGUUUAAAUUUAUCCCACCAAGAUCUCCAAACUUCGGCGGACUGUGGGAGGCCGCCGUAAAAUCGUUCAAAACGCAGUUUCGUAAAACGAUUGGAUCCAGAGUUUUAACAUAUGACGAGAUACACACCGUGGUACAGCAGUUAGCAGCAAUUUUGAACUCUCGUCCUUUAACGCCACUCAGCAACGACCCCAACGACUAUGAGGCCUUAACACCAGGGCAUUUCAUAGCGGGAAGACCUCUUGUGUCAAUUCCCUCACCAGAUUUGCAGGAAAUUCCUGAGAAUCGCUUAUUCUUGUGGCAGAAGUCGCAAAGUUAUGUACAACAGAUUUGGCGGAAAUGGAAAACACACUACCUUUCCGAUUUGCAUAACCGGACAAAAUGGACCCAGAAGCGCGACAAUCUCAUCGUUGGCACCAUGGUUCUGGUUAAGGACGAUAAUCUUCCUCCUCAGAAGUGGUGUCUGGGAAGAAUAGCGGAAACGAUUCCUGGAUCAGACGGGAUAAUCCGUGUAGUGACCGUUCGCACGAACGAUGGUCUGCUCAAGAGAGGCAUCUCAAAAAUUUGUGUGCUUCCAGUUCGAGACAACUGCUCCCCACCAAUAGCAGAAGAGUGUAAACCUCUUCCAUCGUAG